CGCAGCGCAGGCGAAGCCAGCUCGGGGACUGCGAACUCGUUCCUCCUGCGUUUAUUGGUAGUUGAACCUCAGCCUGGUUCCGUUCUACCGGGAAUUCCGUGUGCUCGGGUAUAUGGCCGCGUCUGCGAACACGCAAGACCAGGGUUGGGACGGUGUUGUCUGCAGACAAAGGGGGACAGCUAGCUCUGCCCCCCACUGGCUCCCAAUCUGAGGCCGAGGACACCAGGUUUAUGAUAAAUUGAGAUCCAGAUCGGCCUCCACAGAGUAAUCAAAAGAAACCGAAGAGCCUACAAAAAGAGUUAGAGACAAAAUUCAAGAAAAACACACAUACAAAAUUGUGCUUUCUACAUUGUAGAUUUCACAGUGCUGACCCACAGAACUAACUGGGCCGAUUCUUACCCUGUCAUCGAAAAGUGGAUAUCUGGGUCUUCGUGAAAGAUGCUGUGAUUUUGAAAACAGGUCACCUGGAGCCCAGGGGCUGGCCCAGCUCUCUCAGGACUCAGCAGACACUGGAAGUGGUGCUGAAGGAUACAGUGGUAGUCAAUGUUAUUUGAGCAGGGUCAGCAGGCCCUGGAGCUUCCUGAGUGCACAAUGCAGAAGGCUGCAUAUUAUGAAAACCCAGGACUCUUCGGAGGCUAUGGCUACAGUAAAGCCGCUGACACUUAUGGCUAUGGAACUCCCCAUCAGCCCUACCCACCCCCUGCUGCUGCCAACUCCCUGGACACUGAUUACCCAGGUUCUGCCUGCUCCAUUCAGAGCUCUGCACCUCUCCGAGCUCCAGCCCACAAGGGGGCUGAACUCAAUGGCAGUUGCAUGAGACCUGGCACUGGGAACAGCCAGGGUGGAGGUGGUGGCAGCCAGCCUCCCGGUCUGAACUCAGAGCAGCAGCCACCACAACCCCCUCCUCCACCACCCACGCUGCCCCCAUCCUCACCCACCAAUCCUGGAGGUGGAGUGCCUGCCAAGAAGGCCAAGGGUGGGCCCAAUGCUUCCAACUCCUCAGCCACCAUCAGCAAGCAGAUCUUCCCCUGGAUGAAAGAGUCCCGACAGAACUCCAAGCAGAAGAACAGCUGUGCCACUGCAGGAGAGACCUGCGAGGACAAGAGCCCGCCGGGCCCAGCAUCCAAGCGGGUGCGUACGGCGUAUACUAGCGCGCAGCUGGUGGAGUUAGAAAAGGAGUUCCACUUCAACCGUUACUUGUGCCGGCCGCGCCGCGUGGAGAUGGCCAACCUGCUGAAUCUCACCGAACGCCAGAUCAAGAUCUGGUUCCAGAACAGGCGCAUGAAAUACAAGAAGGACCAGAAGGCCAAGGGCAUCCUGCACUCGCCCGCUGGCCAGUCCCCUGAGCGCAGCCCUCCGCUCGGCGGCGCCGCUGGCCACGUGGCCUACUCUGGGCAGCUGCCGCCGGUGCCAGGCCUGGCCUACGACGCACCUUCGCCGCCGGCCUUUGCCAAAUCACAGCCCAAUAUGUACGGCCUGGCCGCCUACACGGCGCCACUCAGCAGCUGCCUGCCGCAGCAGAAGCGCUACGCAGGGCCCGAGUUCGAGCCCCACCCCAUGGCGAGCAACGGCGGUGGCUUCCCCAGCGCCAAUCUGCAGGGCAGCCCGGUGUACGUAGGUGGUAACUUCGUCGACUCCAUGGCGCCCGCUUCCGGGCCAGUCUUCAACCUGGGCCACCUCUCGCAUCCAUCUUCAGCCAGCGUGGACUACAGUUGCGCUGCGCAAAUUCCUGGCAACCACCACCAUGGACCGUGCGACCCUCAUCCCACCUACACAGAUCUUUCGGCCCACCACUCCUCUCAGGGACGCCUACCCGAGGCCCCCAAACUGACACAUCUGUAGCGGUCACCGCCAGCUCAAACUUGAGGCGUUAUUACCUCCUUUGCUUUGAUUGUUAGGGGUGGCAGGCGGGCGGGGCCCGAGGGGCAGUUCGGGGACACCCUCCCUGGCUCUGGCCUGGCCGCUGCUUCCCAGUCUCCUCCAGCGGCGGAGGCGGAGGCUAUGCGGCCUCACCUCCAAGCGCGUCCUCCUUCGGGUGACUCGCCAUAAAUCAGCCGCAAGGAUCCUCCCCCGCAAGCCUAACAGUGCCAUAGACUGCGGACCGAGGACUCUAAUCUGGUAAUGGUGUCUCUAAGGUAAGUCUGAGACCCAUCAGCGGUGCGCCCUGCAGCAGGACUAGAGUUGGAGAGUCCUGGGCCUGGCCCGCAUCUAGCUUAGUUUCGGAGAUCUUAAUUUAUAUGCUCCUUCCCGUCCCAUAAAGGAUUUCAUCGGACUAAACAAUCUGUAUUUAUUAUUUGAAGCGAUUCAUUUCGUUUCCCUGAUUAUUUAUCCUCCUCUUAAUGUAUUUAUGUGGAUAUUUGUAGAAUUCUCCAGCUGAGCUUAGGAACGUGCUCCCAGGCUUUGGGGGGGGGCACAUUUCACCUUUAUUUAGUCCCCAUGGUCUGAACUAGUUGAGAGUAGUUUUGAACAGUUGUAACCGUGGCUGGUGUUUGUAGUUGAUGUAAAGGAUUAAGACCACAAAUUGCCCUUCAUGGUUGUAGAGUCAAGCAGCCCGGUGGCAUGGCACGACACACCUUAUUCAUUCCUCAACAGCCGGAGCCCUCGCCACUUGACGCAGUUUAUUGAUUUCAAAUUGUCUGCUACUAUUUGAACAAAUAUUUAGAAUAAAAAAUUUCCCAGUUGGAAGUCUAUCUGUGUUAAUCACACACUCGCAAGCAGAUCACCCUGCCUGUAUCUUUUGAACAAUCCCAGUGGAAGGCUCACAAAAAGAUGGACUUUUGAAAGACAUUUUAUUUGGAAUUCAAAUACAUAAAUUGAUAUUUGGGGGGGGUGUAAGGGUGCAAACCUAGAAAUGUCCUGUGUGGGGUGACUGGGACAAGGCUUUGCCAAAGCAGUGCCUGCCUUGUCGCUUCCAUUACCUUCUCUCUAGACACAAUCGAGUCACCUUAGGGAGGCUAGCGCUCAUUUUUCUGCAUUAAGUAAUAAAAAAAAAAAAACACUUUGAAAGAAAACUGACAAUCAAGGAAAUGACAAAAGAAUUCGUAAGAAGAUUUGAGCUAUGAAAAGCUAAGGUACGGAAGGGAAAAAGAAAUGACCAUUUGGAGACAGGCAACUAAGCUUUUUCUCUACGAAAUGCUGUCAUGAAUUUUUCCUUUGUAGUGGUGGGUAGUUCAUUUCUAAAGAAAACAAACGUUCUCCAUAAUGUGAAGUAAUAAAAGUUUCACUGCUGGAACAUAACACACAUAAACACCCUGUUUACUUCUGUUUCUUUGUACAAAACGGGCGAAAACGUCUUCAAAGAUUUAUAACCAUUUUGUAAAUAGUGUGGCUCUAGCCAGGAGCAGAGGACUUACACUCAUUUCUGUGGGAGGGGACACUUGGAAAACGCCUUCAAAUAAGUUUCAAUUCUUUUGUAUUUCAGCAAAGUCAGCCCACGCAUCUCUAUUUGGUUUGACAAAUAAUGCAACUCCUACUACAUCCCCGGUGACAAGAGGUGAAAUUCCUAUUGUGUGGAAAUAAUUUAACUUCUUAUCUUCUGGUGGAACAACAAUUGUUUCUAUUUGGAUGUUUGUGUUUCACUAAGGAUGGCUCAAAAAA